AUGUACAAAUACACGUUUAACUAUGCAAAGAACCGAGACCAAAAAUGCAUGGAUAUCGAAAUCGCUUCCGUUUUAUGGACCAUGCUGCUAGGCUCCAAAUACCCUAUUGUAGAUCCAUUUGUACAAUUUCUAAAGGAAAGGAAACCGGUCAAAGUGAUUAACCGAGAUCAAUGGCUAAGCUUUUUGGAUUUUGUACAGUAUGAUCUAUCCAACUAUGAUGAAAGUUCAGCAUGUAAAGAAAGCCCAGUCAAGAUCCUCUUUACAGAGAGCUUUAUUUGA